GCCUGAGAGACCCCCACCCCCACGGCACCCGCCUUGCGGAAAGGCUUAACAGGGCUGUGGUCAGUGGUGGCCUCCGUGGGAGACUGGUGUGGCAGCGGCGGCACGGGGUGUCCCUUCAGGGCUUCGGGUGAACCUAUGAAUUCCAAAAUGAAACAGAAACUGAAUGGGGAAAAAUCGUCAGGAUCUAUGCAGAAGUACCUCACAGACACCACAAGCAGUGCUGUCCCAAGACAGACUCUUAAAAUGAUUCAGCCUUCAGCAACAGGUUGCCUGGUUGGCAGAAGAAAUGAGAAGAAAUCUUCAUUCAAAAGGAAACUCUGGAAUAACAAGUUUACCUCAAAGCCUUGUAAAGCUGAGGUGUCUGUGGACAAGGAGAAAGAAAAUGAGAAUAUGAAUGAUGUCAUUCCAGCUGUAGAUCUCAUGACAAAAGGAAGUCCUUCACAUCAAUAUUGGAAAGAAGUGGCUGAAGAAAGGAGGAAGGCUCUGUAUGAAGUGCUUCAAGAAAAUGAAAAGUUGCACAAAGAAAUCGAACAGAAAGAUGGUGAAAUUGCCCGCCUAAAAGCAGAAAAUGAAGAGCUGAUGUCCCUUGCUGAACAUGUACAUUAUAUGACCAGCGUGAUUGAGAGGCUAACUGGGCAAGCACCUGACAAUCCUGAGACACUGAAGAGUUUGGCUGUAGAGGAAUCCAAGCAAGAAGAGCUUAACUGCGGAGACAUGCAGACAGCACUUCAGAAGGGCCAUAACAAGUAUCAUGUGGCUUGAUGGAGAGUAUAUCAGAUCUUGCUUCAAAGGAAGCAAAUAAUUUGCAACUGUAACGACAGCCUUUAAAUAGGCUUGUGUAUGUGGCUUUUAAUUGUGAACUCCCUCUUGAAAGGAUAUAGUAAAACUUCUCAGGUAUAGAAACUCUUGUGGAAGCAUUACAGCUGUUGGUUUUUAACUGGAAUUAUGUGGUAGUGGGAGUAUCAGGAUACUGCGUAGAAGACUUACUACCAGCUACACUUAGUUGCUUGUAUAAACUGCAAAUACUGUGUAUUUCAAACUGCUGUGUAAAUAUCAGUUGGUCUGACAUUAUACAUGAAAAUUGAUAAAUAAAUCUUUGCCUUACUAGAACAGCCUCUUAAUUGAGUGGGAAUGGCUAGUUCUAGGUUUAAGUCAACUGUUGCUGCUAUAGAUGGAAGCUUUCAAGUUUUUAGGGAGUGCCUGGGAAGACUUUAACUCCUUAGAUGUGCAGAAUUCUUGUUUUGGUGGAUAGGGAAAGCAAAAUAAAACUUGUGUGCUGUUGGUGAGGCUUCAGAAUGUCAAGAAAAAGUAAUAAAAGUCAAGGUCUAAAGUUUAAUUAUACUUUUCAGGGUUUUUAAAAUUGCCUUCAUCCUUUGAGAGCCUUUCCAAGAUGUACAGAUGAGAGCUUAAAUAAGUAGAAAGUGUUAGUCUAGUUUAUGGGCUUAUAAAGAGAAGGGGUGUUCUUGCUCCUAAUAGCAGCUGUACUGAAAAUUAGAUGGAGACAAAGCAGCCUACACUUUGGAGUUAUUCUGAAAGGAAACUCAGUGUCUGUUUUCAAAGUACUGCUCUGGCAUUUACCAAGAGAUGAGGCACCUUUUCACAAAGAUAGGGUUUACAGGAAUAAAAAGAGCUCUUUAAAACUU